CAAGACGACGAGACAGUUAAGGUCGAACUCUCUUGGGUCCAGCACUCCUAAGAAAGAGCUCUGUGUUUCUUUGUGUCCGUUGCUUCUGCAAACAAAUCCCGUUCAAAAUGACCAAAAUCAUGCUGUGCGUCUUCAUUGCGUUGAUAGCUAUGACUGUAGUCAUGGCAGCGCCUGAGCAGUGCGGUAGACAUGGCGACAGCUGUGUUUCUGACAGAGAAUGCUGCGGAACCAUAAAGUGCCAUACAUACGCGCACAGGUGUCAAGUCCUGAUCACGCCGGAGGAGCUAAUGGCUCAGCGUGAGAAUAUCUUAAACAAGAACAAGAACAGGAAGUUGAACUAUUAAGGAGGACUCUAACUCAUCGUGCAAACUAUCGACGAAAUCGGAUAAUUCCUGGUGAAACGGAUCGAAUCGAAAAUCUAAUAGCGAAACGUCAAGUACGCUCUCAAAAACACAUUUUGACAAGUAUUAGAGAUGGACAAAAUGCUUGUAUAGAUAAAUAUCUCGAAUAACGAAUCAAGGAGACAAAUUUCUAUGUUGUUCGAUAUUGUUUUCAAUAAAAAUUAUAGCACAGAUAAUAAAAGAAUAAUUAAUGAAUAAAA